UUUAUUUUUUCACUCAAGGAAAUCGUUAUUUCCAAAUGAUUGGUCGUUUUUUUUGCGUCUGCGCACUGGACGAUUUCGCCACGACAAUUGACCGUGUCUGAAUAAUGAUGAGUCAUAUAGCAUGAAUGAAUGCACCGACACAGACUUUCCUUGUUUGUCAUGACCAGGCGGCCGAACGAGGUCGCGCCGCUCACUUAACCCCCCGAUGACCGGAUUGAUCAGCGUGUUAUGACCCGGCGGCUACAAUGGAAAAAAAAAAUCAAUUCAUGCGUUCAAUGCAAUCGGGCUCAAAGCAGCAACCUGUAGCGUUUCACUGCAUGUAACGUUCAAGUGCAGUGAUGUGGGCUUGUGCCGGGCAGACAACACGUUCGUUAUGUGUGAGUGGUUAUACGUUGCAGGUAAAGUGACUGAAAUGAACGACUUCCGCUGGUCGAGACGUGUACACAGUACACGUGCGUGGUGUACUGUACGUGCUCCUCAGGCAGAUAUUUUGUGAACUCCAUCAGUCCACAGGAUUUCAGUAUUGUACCCAGGAGCAUGUGAAGUCUCUGUUCGGUCAGACAACUACUGAUUUGUGUGAGCUCUAUGGUGUGAGUAAUGCCCUCCUAAACAACUUACCAACCGAGGCUCGCAUUAUAAACAUAACGAAAUUCACUGUACCUCGAUUCGUACUCUUAAAAUGUGCCUUUCACAUCAAAAUUAAAUCGUGUUCACAUGCACUGACACUUCGGGAAGACCGCAGUUAACUGUUAUUUUGGGGACUCCUCUGCCUUCGGUAGUCCCACCACGAUACCGCGGUCCAACCGUCAGACUCGUGGGUACUGAAGCGUGGUAAAGACUUUUUUGUGGAGGCCUACGCGUUCAUGUGUUCGUGUCGUGCCAGUCAUAAUGUGGCAUUCAAACAUGGAUUAUUCUACCGACAACAAAAAAUAAUUUAUAUUCCCUGCCAACGUAUUUCGUCGUAGAUGAAGUAGGAAAAUAUGAAAACACGGCUAGGCGAGAGUGUUGCAGCGCAAAUGACGGCUGAAUCUACUUUCCAAUGUGUCCCCUGAUGUCGUCAAGAAUUACCAUAAGUCACGUUUGUGAAUAAUGAGUGUCAUCAAUAUUGUGUCGGCGGUACCGCCGCAGUCAACCCAGCUCACCAAUGUGUCGUGGGCCGGGGCGUUUGGAUCGGACAACUCAUUAGAUAGCGGCUGGCCCGCGGAAGCGAUGUGCGGGGACCUGUAUGAGAAUCACACGUGCUCGGAGGACGUGGGCUCCCGGUACGUGCAGGCCGCGCUGGGGCUGGUCAGCUUCGUCCUCAUCGUCUUCGGCAACGGGCUGACCAUCUUGGUCAUCGUGACGGACCGGCAGCUCCACAACGUCUCGUUCCUGGUCAUCCUGAACUUGGCCCUAGGGGAUCUCCUGUUGGGGAUUGUCAGCCAGCCGCCGUCCAUCUACUACGCCUUCACAUGCGUCUGGCCCAGCGGCACCCAGGGGUUCCUCUGCCAGUUCGUCGGCUUCUUCAUCUGUCUCCUAUGCUCCGUGUCCAUACUCUCACUGGGACUCGUCAGCUACGAGCGGUACCUGUACGUGGUCUGUCCCUUCGAGUAUCAGAACAAGAUGACAUGCGGCCGGGUGAUCUUCACCUGUGCCCUGCUGUGGAUUUACUCCACGAUAGCCGCCGUGUUCCCGGUGUCCGGACUCUGGAAAGGUGUUGGACUGGUCCCAGACACGGCCUUGUGUAAUGUUCUCUGGCACACCGAACCCAUCUUCAUGUGGGCCAUGAUACUGUUCUUCCUUUUCCCCUCUGCAGUUGUCAUCGCAUAUUCUUACUACAAAAUCUUGCGCAUGGCCCGAACCAUGAAUCGCCUAGAGGCCCGUUAUCGUCGAGCCAUCGAGCUCAACCCGAUGGCGCCGUCCAAAAACGGCUCGGCCCACUCCCGUCGCGGCCUCUCCAACACCCCCGACGGCAGCACCCCGGAUAGCACCAUGUCGGUGGAGGAUGGGGCCACUCCGGCCACCGGCCCCGCCACCCCGGUGGCCCUCCGCAAGAUGAGCCUUGGCAACGCCCGGAAGGUGGCCAAGGUCUUCGUCAGGGGGCGCAAGUCCAACAUCACAGUCACGGUGCUCAUCGGCACUUUCGUACUCUGCUGGACCCCUUACGUCGUCAGUCAAAUCGUGCAGGCCAUAUUGUGCGAGCCCAUCAGCUUCUGGACGUCCGCUCUCACGCAGUGGCAGUGCAUCUUCAACAGCGCCUGCAACCCAGUCAUUUACGGGGCCACCAACAGGGCAUUCCGGGAAGGGGUCAAACGGCUUCUCCGCCGGUGGGGGUUCUGGCGGCGGCGGUGCAAACAUGGCCCGGCUGACCCCUCCCUCGCCCCGUCCAGAGAGAGGCCGAAGGAAGAGACGCUGCGCGCAGAAAGUCAAGAAGAACUGGACUCACUUGCCUGACUCGAUGGCCCGAAGGGCAACAUUCCGUUAUUUAUUGUUUCAACUUGAGCCAUGUAACUUGUUUACAUUAUGCAGGCAUGGUUCAGAUGAGUGAAUGACAUCAAUAUGCGGUCAGCGGCAGCUCUAGUGGCCUCUGUGAUGGUCACUGUGGCAUCGCUCAGCCAGCUUGCUAAACGGGUCUUGUACAUGUUUUUCCCCUCCACCGUUCCUUGGAUGAUUGUUUUCUGAAGGCAGUGAGGCCGCUAUCAGUGAUGUGACACUGACUGCCUUUUACGACCAUUUUUAUUCAUUUUAAACCUACUCUAUUUGAAUUCGGUUUUCAGAUUUUGUAAAAAGUGUCGGAUAGAGGAAACUGACAGUCGCCAAAUGCCAUUUUUCAACAGAGAGAUGGGUGUAAAAAUAGAUAAAUCUAUUUAUUCACCAAAGUUGUAAAACUACAUUUUGUGCUCACAAUGGGGACUCUCCUUCAUAAUAUAAUUAUCUUGAGACCUUAUUAAAUAAUUCAAUUUGAAGAAAAUUUCAAUUCCCUAAUAAAGCAUAAUUGACCAGAUGGAUGGGCUUUUCUCUCAUAUUUGUUAACAUUGGCAUUUAAUAGUUUUUGCAUCUAAAAUCUAAUCUUUCCGUUGACCCAGUUGUCCUAAUUUGUGUAAUGUCGUCAAACUUACAUUUGUGGGAACUAUUGAGCCCAAAGAUUGGCUGAUAAGGUUGAUAAAUUAUUCAUCUGCAGUACUUUUGUUCCAGCAUUAUUUGUAAGGGACAGUUUCCCCUUUCUUUGAAAUUCACAGGAAGUUGCCAAAUUAAGUCUAAUGGAAACUAGGUCAGGGCAGUAAGGAAACACGAUCUAUUGUGGCGGUGUAACUGUA